UUGUCAGUUCCUCGUGAGAGUUCUGUCGCGCCAGGCGCAAUUCGUUCAAGGUGGGUGCCCGGUUGAGAAGUGCAAAUCGAAGUGCGGUCACGCGGCGACGCGUUUUAUCACUUUUGUCAGGCCGUUGUGUUCGAAGGAAGGCUUGCGCGAAUUUACUCUCGCGUAUAUUGUAUCUCGCGUGCGCGGGGGUUGUUGUCUCAAAAAGGAAGAGGUUACCGCUGUCUAUAGUUUUUUCUUUGGCUUAUCUUUGGCUUAUGUAUGCGAAGCCGUUUUUUGUCGAAUGUUGUGGGUAUUGGCGCGAUUCAAACAUUUGGAUUUUAACAAGUUUUAUCUAAAUUAUGAUAAUUUUCGCCGUGGUGGCGUUAUUAACGUACUGAUUGUACUUUUAAUUUAUUGACACCUUUUGCGGGUGGUGAUCAUUGAGAGCUGGUUAACUGGAAGUAGCUGUUUAUCGGGUUAUCAGUGUCGUCCGAAGCGGUGCAAUUGUACUUGAGCAAAAUAGAAGUGCUAAACAGGGGGGUGAUGUGCAUGUAGCAAAACAACACUCGCAUGCUACGAAGAGCUGCCAAACACCAGUCUGUGCAGUGAGAAGUGACUCAAGAGGGAUCGAGGAUAAUGUAUUCAUAGCACAUGCAAAUUGUUAGCAUAUGUUUUAGAGCUAAGAUUGACUUGUCGCUCAUAAUUUCUGGUCGUAAAUCGCUAAUAUACUCCGCAGAAGAAUUCUAAGCACGAUUUAGUUCAACGUGUGUGGUAAUUGCGGCUUGAUGAUUUCGUAAAUAUUUCUAGUUUUGAUUAAAAACAAGCCGGACGGAUUGGUCGUAUUCGGCCUGAGCUUCAGCACGUUCUAGUUCCGCCUGUGAGUCUGAGAUUCGGCAAUAAAAAAGAUCUCAUCUGUUUAUGCGCGUAAACCGAGUUGUGCGGAAAUAUUUGCUGACCAUGUGUCAGUCCAGCCAGUGUGGAAAACUUUCUGGGGCUACUGUGAUUUAUUUAUAAAAGUGUGGGCCAUUUGAAAAUGAUGUUUGCUCAAAACUGCGAUGUACGAGAAUAAGCAAUAGCAGUUCGGAAUCGUUCUCAACAGGUGGUCUGUUUGAGUCUAUCCUAGAUAGCUUUUCGAAGGAAGAAAAAAAAAUCUGUGCUGGGAAAGUUCAUCCAAGUGCAGCCGUAACAAGAGGCAUUCGUGUGGUUCCACGAGAGCAGCAGACACCAAAAAAUGCUGUUUUCCAGUUUCGUGUCCAAAGAGGAAGAGGGCCGAUGGUAAAUUACAACAAAUAAUCGCCAUAACAAGACAUCCGACGACCGACGACCGGCUUCCAAAGCGAGAAUAUUGGCCCCAAAAGAAACGAGAAGAUUAUUAAGAAAGGCUAUAUAAGAAGGUUGCCUCAAAGCAGCAAUAGGAAAAGUUUCACGUUUCCAACUGGGCAAAGCUGAGCCAGAGACGGCGUUCUUCUGUUGUUGACUGGUACAUAACUGAAAACGGUGGACUCUCGACCGGGAUCCGCCGGAGCGAUUUGGAGUCGAAAAGAACCGCGUGAAUGAAUGGUAUUAUUUUUAUGAGAUGAGCAGACUGUUGUUGUGUAUGUAGAGUGUUCUGUUUUGUGGUCUUCGCCGUCCAAGUUCAAGAUUGCGACGCAGAUAGAUCGGUGAGGUGCAGUGUGGGGCUGCCUCCAUCUCCUUCUUCCGCAGAACUUGACGUUGAUGAUGGAGCUCGUUUCCAUCGUGGAUAUGCUGGUCGAGAUGAAUAUGAUGUAAAGCAAAAUAAUCACGGAAGAAAUCGACGCGCGCUACAAAAAAAAACUUGGGAAAAAACAUUACGAACUAAAAGUGAUCUUUGUCAGCUGUUCGUUUUUUUGUCUAGUCCUAGUGUGAAUGAGAAAGCUUCUCCAUCGAGAAACUCACAAGUGCAUUUGAGUUGAUCACGGAUUACUUUACGGGUGAUCUGUAUCCAAACAUUUUUUUUCAAUAUGGCUUUGAAAAUGGAGAAAACAAUCGCAUCCAGGAAUAGCUUGAGGCGCAGCAGCCUAACAAUGAUACUGCUGCUGACGUUUUUUGCUUACACCUCUGCAGUCAGUACUUCGGAUUUCGCGACUCAACGUACCUGCGAACCGAUUCGUAUCGAGCUAUGUCGAGGGAUUGGUUACAAUGAAACAUCGCUGCCAAAUUUGGUUGGCCACGAGCUUCAAUCCGAUGCCGAUUUCACGCUACAAACUUUUUCACCUCUCAUCCAAUACGGUUGCAGCAAGCAGUUGAAGUUUUUCCUGUGUGCAGCGUAUGUCCCCAUGUGUACGCCCAAAGUCACUAUGCCCAUAGGACCUUGCAGGGGACUCUGCCUAACCGUGAAAACACUAUGCCAUCCGAUCCUGCAAGGAUUUGGAUUCCCUUGGCCAUCCGCCCUCGACUGUAAUCGAUUCCCGGAGAAGAAUAAUCACGAACACAUGUGCAUGCAAGGUCCGGGUGAGCCCACGGAUAGUGUCAUCAUGAUCUCCAAAAACGAUCGGCCUUCCUGCCAGGGGCUCAUAAAAUCUCAUCUCUACGUCCGCCUUAAUCGAUCUGGACGUUGUGCUCCACUUUGCGAAGCAGACAUAAUGUUCGAACAAAACGAGAAACAUUUCGCUGAAGUUUGGCUCACCUCAUGGAGUGUAGCUGCCUUAUUCACGGCGAUCGUGGCCACCCUGUGCCUAAUUCUGUCCACAAAACGAUGGGACAAAAUCCUUAUGCCCCUGGUCAUCAGCCACUGUCUGGUCACGGUUGGCUGGGCCGUCCGUUGGCUUUCCGGGCGCAAUGCUACCGCUUGUGGUUACGAUAUACAGCUUCCCGGUGUUUCACUGCUCCUCACCGAUGGGCUGAUGACGGCACCGUGUGCGGCCACUUUCCUGCUGCGGUACUACUUCGGGAUGUCGGCAGCUGUUUGGUGGACAAUUUUGUGUUUGCGAUGGAGCAAAUCGGUGCGUCGGUUGCUGAACAGCGAGCUGGCUCCCGGGCCGGGCCUUACCGGGAUGGUGAUGGAUCCGCACGCGGUCGAGAAGGCCGAAUCGUCGACGUCCUACCAGACCGUGUUCCAGCUGGCCGCCUGGGGACUGCCGGCGCUGCUGACGGUGGUCGUCCUGGUGGCACGGCUCGUCGAUGCCGACGAGCUUUUCGGUUCCUGUUUCAUCGGAAACCAAUCGGACCGGGCUCUGCUGGGUUUUGUGACGGUUCCGCUGCUCACAUUCUGGGUCAUCGGUUCCGGGUAUCUCUUCACGGCCUACUUGAGGAAGCGAUCGGCAUCUGCUCUGUUGGUCAACAAUCUACCGGUUCACAUCAACGGGAUGGGAAAGUUCCUCUUCAUCUAUUCGGUUCCCAGCUUCUUGCUGCUAGCCGUGAUGUUCUACGAGUUCGCCUACCGGGAGAACUGGCUAAGUCUGCCACAUCCAGCAUCCACUGGGGAAUCGGCAGCCCUAAGCAAGGCACCCAUCUGGCCGUUCAUCGUACGUGCAGUCAUCGAGCUGCUGGUGGGCGUUUUGGCAUCGGCCUGGGCCGUCGGACCCCGGAUAGCGGGUCUCUGCCGCAGUAAAAUCAACAACCAAGUGUACAAACAACCGCAGCCAAAGUUCAACAGCUCACCGUACUCGGUGGCCUCGUACCAGACGGUUUGUCCCCAGAACUCACUGGUGUCGGUUUCGAUUGGCAAACUGCCCCCGCGUCAUGGUGCCGCCCGAAAGUAUCCGUCCCAUUCGCACAUCAACCGGAAGCCGCGAACCUACAAGGCGUCUUCGCAAACGAUCAGCCUCACCGGGAACGAAACGGUGCUGUAGGCCGCGUCGUAAUUACCUACGGAUAGGCGCGCGAUUCAGGGGACAAAACAGGGUCGAUAAUUUAUGGCGUACUCGGAUGCGUUACGUCGUCGGUGUAAAAUGUGAUAUUAAUUUUAAAAUCAAUUUUAAAUUAUUUUACGGAGCCUUUCUGGUUUAAUUACCGAUGCAUAGUAUAUGUUGUGCAUAUCUGUGUGUACUGUUUUGAGUUUGUAACGUUACGCAAAGCCGAAAAGAAAACCUUUUUAUUGAAAAUUGGCAACUUACGCGAGGUUUAUAAUUAUCUGUCGUAGAAAUUAUGACUCGUGAACUGACUGACAUUGAGAGACCGCCGACACAGAAAGCGAAAUGCAAAAACAUCCAAAAGAGGCACGAAAACUCCAGCCGCUGUCAACAAGCACAUUGUCAACGGGUUCGGUUCGGUAUAUCAAUCGCGAUGCACAAUAUGCAUAAUUACCUACUCAUAUUCAGGGUGUGCGCUCGGAUGCCAACCCUUUAAGCCAUUCAACGUUAAUUGAAUUUAUGCUCUGAUUUACAUCAUCCAAGAAGGAGAGACACAACUAAAACAACCCUCAAUCUACAGUUGGACCGUCGAAAACAUCCUUAAACUGUUCGAAAUUGGAACAGUUACCCUAUGAUGGAUGCAGAUUCCGAAAAAGGCAACCCAACAUCUAGGGGGGUGUAACAGCAUCUACACAUAUCUUUAAGUAACGAUUUAUGUAGGUCGUAAAUUGGUUCCAAUCUUUAGGUGCUUGUUGUUGUCGUACAUUCCUAUAUGCGGAGAUCAGUCACCAGAUACCGCACAAUCGACAUUGCAAAUUAGCAGGUUCAAGUGGUCCACCGAACUCAGCGCGACAUGUUUGGAAACAUGUUUAUCCUGCCGUUUUCACGAUUUCGAAACCUAUAACCACGUAUAACUCUUGUUCGGCAAGUUUCAGAAUUAGGUUUCAAGCUUAGGAUCCCAAAUUUAAAUUCAAAAUUCCGAAUUCAGAAUCAUAAUUCGGAUUCAGAAUUCAGAUUCUGUGAAGAGAUUAAUCAACGUAACUCAUGUUUGUUACUUUUUUUUUUUUUUUUUUUAAAUAUGUCUUUAUUUGUAUCAAUUCAUCAUUACAUUUAUAUUACAUUUUUUCAUUAAAUUAGGUGUUCAGCUCAAUAAUGAACUGUUCAGAGCCCUAUAGUUAACUAGAUAUUAAAAAUUUAUUUGUAAGAAUUAAAUUUGCUUAGCGCAAUUAAGAAUUUAAUGUAGGAGAACAUCCUGUAAUGGCAAAAAUAUUUUAAACUUAAAACUAAACACUAUCCUAAAAUUAAACUAGUUAUAAAGAGAACGAAUCUCUGCGAUGGAAGACUGCAUCGAUUUGCCUCUGAAGUUGGAGAUGAUUUUGUUGGCCAUCUCUUCGAUCGAUUCAAUGCCCGCAAUCCGAUGAAGAUCUUCGGUGCUGUGCCAAGGUGGAAGCCGCAAAAUCAUUUUCAGAACCUUGUUCUGAAUCCUCUGGAUGGCUUUCUUCCUCGUCGCGCAGCAGCUAGACCAAAUCGGAACUGCAUACAUUAUCGCUGGUCGAAACACUUGUUUGUAGAUAAGUAACUUAUUUCGCAGACACAACUUGGAUUUCCUGUUGAUGAGAGAAUAAAGAGAUUUAGUAUAUUUAUUACACUUAGAUUGAAUAUCUUCAAUGUGAUUUUUAAAAGUAAGAUUCCGAUCAAGUGUAAGUCCCAAGUACUUCACGUGAUCAGACCAUUCUAAUGAAACCCCAUUAAAAGUUAUGGAAUGAUUUUCAUUAGGUUUUAAAAAUUGAGCUCUUGGCUUAUGGGGAAAUAAAAUAAGUUGAGUUUUGGAAGCGUUAGGAGAAAUUUUCCACAUUUUCAAGUAAUUCAAAAAGGAAUUUAAAUUUUGUUGCAAUCUACUGCGUACCACCCGUAAAUUUCGACCUUUGGCCGAAAGCAAAGUAUCGUCAGCAAAUAAUCUUCUACCUUUUCCUUCUGGGACAUCAGGAAGAUCAGAAGUAAAAAUAUUGUAUAAGAUUGGCCCAAGUAUACUGCCCUGAGGGACACCAGCUCUAAUGGGUGUCCUUUCAGAGCAUGCAUUUUGAUAGCUUACUUGUAAGGUUCGGCUAGUCAAAUAAUUUUGAAUAAUUUUGGUGAGAUAUACAGGAAAAUCAAAUCGAGCUAAUUUAGCUACUAAACCUUUGUGCCAAACACUGUCAAAAGCUUUUUCAAUAUCAAGAAGAGCAACACCAGUUGAAUAACCCUCAGAUUUGCUAGCGUUAAUCAUAUUAGUUACACUCAAAAGUUGAUGUGUAGUAGAAUGUCCAUGACGAAAACCAAAUUGUUCAUCAGGGAAAAUAGAAUUCUGAUUAAUGUGAAUCAUCAUUCUAUUCAAAAUAACUCUCUCAAAUAGUUUACUUAAAGAUGGAAGCAAACUAAUUGGUCGAUAACUUGAAGGCUCUGAAGCACUUUUUCCAGGUUUUAAAAUUGGAGUUACUUUGGCAUUUUUCCAUUUAUUGGGAAAAUAAGCCAAGUGAAAACAUUUAUUGAAGAUUUUAACUAAAAAAUUUAAAGUGCUUUCAGGCAACUUUUUAAUAAGAAUACUAGCAGACCCGGUAAACUUCGUCUUACCAUUUUAAACUUGGCGUCUAUUUCAUUUUUUUUCGCUGUUUGACUUAAAAAAAGCAUCAAAUCUUGAGUUGUUAAUCGUCUCGCUUUCUUGAACAUGUCCUAGUUUUUAAACGUAUCAAUCUUUUCCGUUUGCUAGAAUUGGCCUGCUCAAUUAUAUCGGAAUCAAAUCUAGGAAUUUUAACUCAAUUCUACGGGUCUUUUAACUGAUUAUUCAAAAAAUAUCUCCAAUCAAUUUUACAUACAUCUUACAUGAAUCCUUUUAAUUUACAUUUCUUUGAUUCGGAUGCUUUGAAUAUUGCCGAAUGAUAUCAGGUAUCAGCUUCCCGUUGCAAAUUCAAUUUUUUCAGCACUCAACGUUACCAUCAAACUUGGUAAAUCUCAUGCUUAAAAAAAUCCACUCUUUAUAACUUGUUCCAUAAAUAACAUAUGUUGAUUAUCUAUGUUUCAUUUAUUGUAUACAAUUUAGUUGAUUGACUCCGCUUUGCUCGAGUUCACUUUAAGGUUUAAAUCGAAAUCAAAAAUUUCUCAUUUAUUGGAAUUUAUUGCAUAUGAAACUUUAUGGAAGAAGAAUUUUGAAUAUCAGGACAAUUUUUGGAGUGUUUGCUCAAUAUUCUGCCUAGCGCAGCACUUUUAGCUCCCGAGUAGCUUUUGAUGGUAUAUUUUUUAGAACUGAAGAAAUAAAAACAUUAGAUAAGAUUUUUUUCAAACCAUUUUCAAGCAGCUUCACUUUCCUCACAUUUGGAAGCAGUGGUUAUUUAUAUCCAUAUUUUCAUCAAAAUCAUGUCCAAAAAAAAGGUUCGCCCAUUUUUUUUUAGCAAAAAUUGCUAAUUAAAUCAAGAAGUCUUGAUUUAUUGGGUUAAUAUUCAAAGAAAUUUUAUUUGGUUUUGAAAGGAGAAAAGAUAUGAUUAAAUUUUUUGUUAUUCAACCGAAUUAAAGCAUUUUUAUCUUCUUUUUCAUCCUUUAAUACAUACCUGCCAAUAUAAACCAUUGUUGUCUGAUUUAAAAUUUUCCUAAACAGUGUUAAAGGUGAUUUGCUAUUCUGUUUAAGAUUAUGUGAUUUUUCAAGAUUCAAUAAGAUUAAAUUGGAACGCAGGUUUUAAAAAAUUUAAUACAUAAAAAAAAACUAAUCUUUUAAGGCCACGAUGAUUUCAUGAGUUCAUUCUUUUUUUCUGGAAAUUUUCAUGUAAAUUUACCUCGACAUUUAAAAAUUUUAAAUAUCCGUUCAGAUUUAACACUCGGGAUACCCUAUCUGACUAUUUUAGAGAAAAAUUGGAAUAUGUUUCAUGACUUAAAGGCGCAUUGCCACUUGUUUCACCGUGCGAAAUGACAGGAGUUAAUUUUAUUUUCAACAUUUUUAGAUCAUAACAAAAACUUAUAAAAAAACAAAUUCAGCUUCUGCUAUCAAAAUAAUUAUGCUUCUGGAAUAUCAAUCACAAAAAAAAUGUCAACAAAAAAUCGGAUCUAAAGUCUCACCUACGUAAUCAAAAUAUGUUAAACACACAUUUAUGUAAAGUACGUACUUGAAUUCUGUGUAAACAAAUAGGGAACCUGUAAACGGUUUUUUGGUGAACGAUUUAAAAAAAAAGUUAAGUUUAUUUAGUCAGAUUGUUUAUUUGGGCCCAACCAUUUAUAAACUUAGAAAUCAUGUAUACAUUUUUUGUAAAUGUUGAACGUUCUCACUUCAUUGCAUUCGGCCUUCAAAUGAACAUCAAUCUUAUAUAAUCCAUUUUAAAGGACAGGCUCUUGUUCAAUUCAUGUGUCUGUUCAUUUGCAACGGAUUUUGUGGUUGUUUUAUAAAUUUAAUGGCGCAUGAUACAACUUCUGUGAAGCACAUUUGUACAUGUUUGAAAAAUAUUUCUAGCGUUUUGGAUUAUAAACCAAGUCUUUCCACUUUUCUUUUUUCAAAUGUCCACAAAGAGUCAUACCAUUAUUUCAUACGUAUCAGUACUAAAUUCAUAUUAUUUAGACAACAAUUCUUUCUUGAAAUAACACGAAUUGAAGUUUUAAUUUUUUCAAAUAGUUUGAAUGGUUUUGAUUUGAUCGGCAAAAUAUUAAUCUGGGUCACAUAUGGGCGUCAUUCAUUACUACAUAUGUGCUGUACAAAUGAUCUAGGAAUCAAGAAGAAAAAACACAUCUAGGCUUCAUGUGGUCACCACAUGCAUCGAAAUUAUGCUUGGUUGAGAAAUGCGCGCCCAAAAUUUCUCACUAAACAGUAUGCUAUGCCAUAGUUACUAACCUCCUACGACGUUUGCUUGCGACGCCUUGACCAUAGAGACGAAAAACAAACCGCCCGCCCGGCGCCCAAAGUAAAGAAAAUCUCGAAAAAAUUGAAGGCCAUGACUUUAAUUUGAUUCAUUUUAUUACAAAUUUAAUGAUUACGGACAAUUGAUGCGACUUUUUGUUGUUUUUAUUCGAUAUAAACCGAUUCGCAUGGCUACAGAAUAUUCUAAAAAUAAUUUCAUUCGAAUCGUUUCGGUCCUUUCGGAGGAGUAGUACUACAAACACCGUUACAAGAGAAUUUUAUAUAAUAGAUAGAAAAUCCCAUCUUCCCCUGGGGCUUUCAUAUUUUUAAAUUUUUUGCAAAUCAAUUUAAGUUCAUCAAUAUUUGUCUCACAAGAACUUUCAAAUACAUUUUGUUUAGAAAGAAUAUCAUCAAAUUCAAGGGAAAUUUGAGCAUCAAUUGGACUUACAACGUUCAAAUUAAAAUCAUGAGCAGACUCAAAUUGUUGGGCCAAUUUUUGAGCUUUUUCUGCAUUCGUUAAAAGAAGUUUAUCCCCGUCUUUCAAAGUAGGAAUUGGCUUCUGGGGCUUUUUCAGAAUUUUAGUUAAUUUCCAAAAUGGCUUUGAGUAGGGUUUUAUGUCCUCUACUGCUUUGGCAAAAUUUUCAUUACGAAUGAAAUUUAAACGACGUUUGAUCUCUUUUUGAAGGUCGCAAUAAAUAAAUUUCAAAUAAGGAUCCCUAGUACGUUGAUAUUGGCGUCGACGAAUGUUUUUCAGUCGUAUCAAAAACUGAAGAUCAUCAUCAAUUAAAGGUUGAUUAAAUUUAUGUUUAACUUUGGGUAUUGAAGCGGCUUUAGCAUUGACUAUUGAAGUUGUCAAAUUUUCUACAGCCAAAUCAAUAUCUUCAAUUGAAUUCAGUGGAACGUUUACAUUCAAAUUACGUUCAAUAAAAUUCCUAUAUCGCUCCCAGUCAGCUUUUUGAAAGUUAAAAGUUGAUUUUAAAGGGUUUUCAAUGGGACUUUGGGAUAAAGAAAAAGUUACUGGAAGGUGGUCUGAAUCGAGGUCCGCAUGAGUAACUAAUUGACUACAAUGCUCGCCUAAAUCCGUUAGAACCAAAUCAAUUGUGGAAGGAUUUCUAAUCGAAGAGAAACAAGUAUGCCCAUAAGGAUAUUCAACAGUGUAAUAACCUGCAGAGCAGUCAUUAAAUAAAAUAUUCCCAUUUGAAUUUGAUGAAAUAUUAUUCCAAGAUCGGUGUUUUGCAUUAAAGUCACCAAUAACAAAAAAUUUAGAUUUAUUUCUGGUGAGUUUUUGUAAAUCUCCCUUCAAAAAAUUUUUCUGUUCACCGCUGCAUUGAAAAGGCAAAUAUGCGGCAAUAAUUAUAAUUUUCCCCAUAGAAGUUUCUAAUUCAAUUCCAAUUGUUUCUAAGACUUUUGUAUUGAAAGAAGGAAGAAGUCUAAAUUUGAGACGACUAUUGAUGACAAGAGCUACACCCCCACCUUGUCGAUCAAGUCGAUCAUUUCGCAAAAUUUUAAAGAAAGCAUUGCUUUUCAAGUUAAUGUCUGGCUUUAAAAAAGUUUCAGUGAUGGCAGCAAUAUGUAUGUUUUGAGUUUUCAAAAAUAAAAAGAAUUCAUCUUGGUUAGCCAGCAAAGAUCUAGCAUUCCAAUUCAUAAUAUUUAAACAUCUAUUUGGAUCCAUGAGGGAAUCGUAAAGUCAUAAUAAUUUUGUUAGCAUAAUUAAAAGAAGUUUGGAAAGCUUCAAACAUUGAAUUUGCUUUCAACAUAAGUUGCAUCAUUUCCAUUAAAUUUUGAUGCAAAAAUUUUAAUCUUUCCUCAGUAAUCUCACCCAAAUCAACAAAAUUGUUAGGAUCAGAAAAUGAAAGAGAAGAAAAAGUAUUUGAAUUUCGGGGAUUUUCCCAAGCCUUCGCAUGAACGUUGAGACUUGGUUUUUUCCCAUUUUUAUUAGUUAUGCCUGGAGAGGGCAACCCAUUUUCAACCACCUCUGAGAACGAUAAACAACGAGUCUGUGGCGCAGAAUCAGCCCAGGUAACAUUAAAAUCACUUCGGGUAUUACCCAGCCGUGAUUCCAAUGUAGACCGAGGCUGAAUGCGAACAGGCAGGUUGUUUGCCGGCCCGACGUGUGAAGACGAAAAAGAGGAAGGAGAAGAAACUUUUCUGGAAACUUUGGGAUUUUUCCUAGAAGCAAUAAUUUUUGCCCUGAUGGGACAGUCUAGCGAAUUCGAGGAAUGAUUACCUGCGCAAUUUGCACACUUGAAAAAUUCUGUUUUUGGUUUAUCACCACCAUAAAGGCAUUUAGAUUUUUCAUGAUCGAAUGAGCCGCAAAGCAUGCAUCUGGCAUUCAUUCUACAAUUUUUAGUGCCGUGACAAAAAGCUUGACAACGACGACAUUGUGUAAUAUUUUGAAGGAAAUUGGUUGAAGAUUUUCGAAAAGGUUCGAAUUUGACUCGACAAUGAAACAUAAGACGAGCCUUUUCAAGAAUUUGCAAAUUAUUAACUUGAUCCUUUUUAAAAUGGAUCAAAUAAAGCUCAGGAGCAAAACCAACACUACUGAUAUUAUUCGUGUUGGUUCUUUUCCUCAUUUGAAUUACUUGAAUUGGAGAAAAACCUAACAAAGAAUUUAAUUCAGAUGUGAUCUCAUCCGGUGUCUGAUCGCCGGUGAGACCACGAAGUACAACUUUAAAUGGACGAUCACUUCUAGUGUCGUACGUAAAAAAUUGAUGUUUUUUAUUAUUCAAAUAAUUUAAAAUUUUUUGAAAAUCAUUAAAAGAUUCCGCCAAAAUACGAGCAGUUCCCCUUCGACCGAUCUGAAAAGAAAUCUUCACAUCCUUGACGGAAGUGACGAUUUCUUUCCGAAAGGCAUUGAAGUCAGGAAUCGUGACCGUAAUUGGUGGAACCUUUUCGUUUUUAAGAGUAUAAGAAGAAGAAGGUUUCUUAGUUCUCUUAUCAGAAUUAAAUAUGAAUAUUUCCUCAUCACCGAUGUUAUGAAGGACAUCGAAUGAAUUGGAAAUUUCAACUUUUUUGGCAGAUGGCCCUGGAUUAGGUUCAGCAAUCCGUUUUCUUCCGGCCCUUGAGCCGGCCGAAGACUUCCCCAUGCUGGAAAGAAAAGAGAAAAAUAUGAAUAAAAGAAAAUAGAAAUAAUUUUAGCACUGAAAAGUGCUGAUUGAAAAACAGGUAAGGAAAAAAUAAUAAUGUAAAAAUGUUCCUGCAGGUACACAGCAACGAUACGAUGCUCCGGCGUACGUGUUGACGGCUCAACGGUACAGAUGGAAGUGAUGUUUGUUACUUAAUUUAUCGGCUUCAACGGUGGAAAGUGAUUUCCAUUUUACACCUUAAGAAAUGAGAGAUGGUGAAAAUGAGCGGGUAGAAUUAAUUUAGAAGCCUUAUCAUCACAUACCAAUUAUUUGUUCAGCACGGGCCAAUUUUUAUGAAGUGGUAGAUACAGGUAGAAGUGCAAACAGAAAUUAUGUUCAUUAAUCUCUUUAUAGAAU